AUGCCGCUGACCAAAUUUGGUCCUCUUGCCGGUUUACUCAUAUCUAAAUGGAGUUAUCGAAAAGUAGCUUUUAUUGGUGCCAUUUGCAGCAGUGCUGGGCUUGUUGCUAUGUCUUUUGCUCCGAGUGUAGCUUACGCAUAUUUCUUCUACGGUCUUUUGAACGGAUUCGGCAAUAGUUUAGUUGUAACUUCGUCACAGGUAUCAUGUGGUCAACGUUACAUCAAACACAGAGGUCUUACAUCCAGUUUUGUUCUCUCUGGAACUGGUUUAGGUUCGGGAGUGUUUCCAAUUAUGAUAAAUAAUCUAAUUCAAACAUAUGGAUGGAGGGGAUCUCUUCUGCUUCUAAGUGGUAUAAAUAUGCAGUCGGUAAUUUUUGCUCUGUUGUUAUUUCCAACAAGACGACUUCCAUCGGCUAAUCCGAAAGAUCGUCGCUUAAAUGGCGAAAUGAAAUCAACAGAAACGCAGGAGCAUACAAGACGAAAAUGCAAUCUGGAUAAAGGAGAUUUUGACGAAAGGCAAAAACAAGUUUUCUGUACCAAUACAUUUAACUCGUACAUAAACAUUUAUAUGCGGAAACUGCAAAUUCACUUGAAGAAAAUAAAAAAUGCAGACUUUGUAAUAUUCUUGAUCAGCACGUGUCUAUUUAACUUUGGAUACAAUGCAUUUUUAAUUUUUCUUCCCCAACAUUCCACUGUUGUUGGCUUUGACGAGAACGAUUCAUCUCUAGCAUUAACACUUGCUGGAGCUGGUUUAUUUGUAGGGUGUAUAGUUGGAAGUGUGCUUGGAAACUUCAACUGUAAAAUAGUUAUGCUCAUAAUUGGGUCUUUAGGGUUUGGAUGUGUAGUUAUUUUAAUGGAUCUUUUUCAACAACGGGAAAAAUACAUGUCACUCUCGUUUAUGGUAGGGAUGUCAAGUGGUUUUGAAACAGCAUAUCUCUUAGCAAUAACAUGUGAAAUAUUAGGAGAUGAAGUUAUGGCCAUUGGAUUCGGAUGCGUAAUGUUUUCAGUGGGAGUUGGGUGUAUGAUAGGACCACCUGUCGCAGGUAUUCUAGUGGACCACUAUCACGAUACAAGUUACGUAUUGUAUCUAUCAGCAGCAGUAACAAUACUCUCUGGUCUGUUAAUGUUACCUUAUCCAAUCAAGUCUAUUGCCAGGAAAUGCUGCACCAACACGACUGAGUUUUCCGGUCGCCCUGCAUCAUCAACGAUAACAUUAGUUAGUGUUAUAUCUGACAAAAAGUUUGAGAUGGUACAUAUGAAUACGCUUUCAUCAGAAGCAACAACAAAUGAAGUGAUCAAGUGA